AUGAUAGAUAUCAUCGAAGAGCUGUUACGAUCUAUUGUUGACUUCUGCACAAAGAUGAUGGCCCUUCUAUGGUACUAUCGACCGGAGAGUCUGGUGCCGCCACGUCGAAAUGGUGUAAUUGACUGUGAACUCUUCGCCAGUCGUCAUUGCGAUGUCAAUCCGGUUGAUUGUAUCGAUGAUUUGGCUUACGUUUACUCCUCUUUGCCCUACGCUCGAUUUAUGGCUCUUGCGAAGUACAAACAGGAGUGUCGUACUCAUCGCCGACCGAGUUCUAUUGUUCCUCCUCUUCACAAAACCCCUGCAUCUACCUCAACUAAAAGUGAAGUGGGUACCAAUCGUAAAGCCUCGGCGGACGGUUGCUCAUUAAAUCGCCCUCAUACCGUCAAGCUGUCCGUUGCAUUGUACAAGCUCAAUAAUCGCCCUGGAGACGUUUCAGAGUUUCCUGAAGAAGCGACAAUCUCCAAUGUGUUUCUCUGUCGUGCCUGGUACGAUUUCCACUCCCGCAGAGUAAUGCGUAGCUUGAAGGCUCUUAAUAAUAAUCAACACAUUACGAACACAACCGCUUACACUACGAAUAACAAUGGCCCCACAAUCACUAAACUCCAACACCCCCAACCUGUCACUUCCUCGAGUCCAGUCGGUCAUACAGCCCACUCAGAGGUUCCCAAGUCCACAACAAAUCAACCGUCCACAGAAGAGGAGUCGUCUAAUGGGCGAGCUAUACUAGAGACCACAGCAGAGCUCUCCAUUAAUUGGGCUGAUCACGGAGAAAAGAUUGUAAUGGCUUUAGGAGGUGAUAGAAGUUUAUCCUCAAGGCCAUCUUCUCCCCGAAAAAACAAAGCAUCUAAGGGUGAAGCUGAAUCAGUUUCUUCGUUGCCUCUUCCCUCUUCGUCUUAA